AUGUCUAUUAGGAUUUGGUUCUUGAUUCAACAAUUUGUGAUGAGACAGAAUUUGCCUGAAUACAAUCAUAUCCCUUUUGUUCAUUACCUCCACUGUUGUAGUUGCACAACUCGAGUUGCAAUCAUCCAGGAUUACUUUCCGAAUCUAGAGAUUCUUGCUAGAGUGCCUGCAGGGUUGUUUACUACAGCGUUUAGUGUUCAAGUAGCAGAGGACUAUCGAGUAAUAGAUGGCAUGACCGUAGCCGAUACUUACUGUAUCCAAUGUAGAAACCUGCUCGGGCCGAAAAUUAUUACAGUCCCCCAACCGUCUAGUAGUCAUACAGUAGGAAGAUUCGUCAUGAUAUUGAACAGGCUUGUUUGCUGGAACAAUGUAACGUUGCUUGAUUUACUCCUUGAAGGCAAUAAUGAACAGGCUCCUAAUGAUCAAGAUGGAGGUGCAGAUGAAGAACAGGAUUAUGAUCAAAAUGGAGGGUCUAAUGAGCAAAAUGCUGAUCUGGAUGGAAAUGGAGGCAUUAAUGAACAAGUUCCUAAUCAAGACGUAGAUAUCGUUGAGGGACUGGGCAAUAUUGAUCUAAAUGCAAACAUUUGA